AUGUCGUCUCAUGCGGUACCCAGCCGUCGACCUCGCGAUGACGACGAUGAGAGCGACCAAUCUGAGUCGAGCACCGGCUCCUCUCCGCACCCGAGCAACAAGCGACCACGUCUGAGCGGGGUUCAAAAUGAAGAUACAAGCGAUGAAGACGAGAGCGAUGCGAGCGACAGCGAGGAGCAGCGUACUCAACUUGCUACACAACGAAAGGAGGUUCAUCCUGGAAUCGGUCCCGGUGGCUACAAGGCCGGCGCGAUCGUGCGGAUCAAAGUGAAGAACUUUGUGACAUACACGUCGGCUGAGUUCUUUCCUGGGCCUAGAUUGAACAUGGUCAUCGGGCCAAACGGAACAGGCAAAAGUACUCUUGUCUGUGCGAUCUGCUUGGGCCUUGGAUGGGGUCCUCAGCACCUCGGGCGCGCGAAAGAUCUAGGUGAAUUCGUCAAGCAUGGUGCCCGCGAAGCGACGAUCGAGAUCGAACUUGCAGGACCCCCCAAAUACAACCGAAACCCAGUGAUUCGCCGCAUCAUCAAACGCGAUGGCAACAAGAGUUUCUUCUCACUGAAUGGCCAACAAGCUUCUCAGCAAAAGGUCAAGAAACUUGCCGAAUCCUUUGCGAUCCAAGUCGACAAUCUAUGCCAGUUUCUGCCUCAGGACAAAGUCGCCGAAUUCGCCGCACUGACGCCUGUCGAGCUGCUGUAUUCUACCCAACGCGCUGCAGCGGGGCCUCAGAUGAUCGAGUGGCACGAUGAUCUAAAGCGGCUGCGAGCUGAGCAGAAAAAACUCGAGAUUGACAAUCGAGCGGAUCAGGAUGUGUUAAGAAACCUUGAAAACCGCCAAGAGAUGCAAAGAGCAGACGUCGAGCGAAUGCGUCAGAGAGCAGAGGUCAAGCGCAAACUCGAACUUUUGGAAAUGUAUCGUCCGUUCGUGGAAUAUAGGGAUCACGUCAAAACGUUCGAGGUUCUUAGGGCCCGAAAAGCUCAGCUGGAAGAAGAGCAAACACAGCUCAAAGCCGACCUUGAACCGGCCAUGGAAUCGUUAACGGCAAAACAAAGCUACUGUGACCGAGUGAAGGACGUAAGAGACUAUCGGAAACAACAGGUCGACGAUUUGCACAACAUAGCCUCCGCUCGUGGAGAAAGAAUCGAGGACUUGCAGUCUGAAAUCAAGGACCUUGAAGGAAAGAUCGAGGCUGAGAAGAAAAGCGGCGCGAAACACAGGAGUGAAGCGACCACUGCUACACAGACUAUCAACAGACUGCAGCGCCAGCAGGAGGAGGAGGCGGUGGAAUUUGAUCCAGAAUUCUACAACGAACAAUUGAGGGCAAAACGGCUCGAGAAGCGCGACCUCGAAACGAAGGGCAAAGAAGUCAUAGAUAAACGCAAGCCACUCAUCGCCAGAUGCAACGACCUUAGAAACCUGGUCAAGGAAGAAGAAAGGCGACUGGAAAAUUUGAACUCUCAACAUGGCCAACAGGAGGCCAAGCUGCAAAGAUUGUCUCCAGACUCCCACAAAGCCUAUGAGUGGCUGCUGAAUAACCAAGACAAGUUCGAGAAGGAAGUCUUUGGCCCACCGAUCGUCACCUGCUCCGUCACUGAUCCUAAGUAUGCCAAUGCUGUCGAGUCAUUAUUGCAGAAGACGGACUUGACAGCCUUUACGGUCCAGUCCAGGAAUGAUUUCCGUACCAUGCAGAGAGUGGCUAUCAAGGAAAUGGGACUCCACGAUAUCACCCUCAAAACUUCAUCGGCGCCAUUGAGUGCUAUGAGAUCUCCGUUACCGGAUGAAGCACUCAGACGACUUGGCUUUGACGGAUGGGCUAAAGAUUUCAUCGAGGGCCCGGAGCCGGUUAUUGCUUCUCUCUGUUCCGAGAACCGACUGCAUCAGACACCUGUCAGCCUGCAUGAUAUCUCCGAUGAAGCGUACAAUGAACUGGAGAAUGCAGAGGCAUCACCAAUCGGUUCUUGGGUGUCAGGGAAGCACAGCUAUCAGGUCACUCGGCGUCGCGAGUACAAAGCUAAGUCGACCCGAGUCCGUCAAGUCAGGCCAGCCCAAGUUUGGACAUCGCAACCCGUGGAUGCCUCUCUCAAGCAACAUCACCGGGAAGCCAUUGAAUCCUACAAUCGGGAGUUCAAUGAGAUACAAGAGGAGUUGAAAUCGGAGAAGGAGAAGGCGAAUGAGCUGGGCAAAACAAUUCAGCGUUUGAAAGACGAAAUGGAAGAGCUUGAGAAGGAGAAAGGGGCGAAGCAAUCUGCGCAUACGCAAUGGAGGGCUAUUCCCGAGAGGCUCUCUCAACAAGAGGCUAAGCUCAAGGGCCUUCAAGAACUCUUUGUGCAAGUCAAGGAACGUGUAUCCGAGAUUCGCGAUGAGCAGAUUGAGCUGGCCGUCAAGAAAGCAGAAGCCACCAUUGAAUAUGCCGAUGCCGUUGAGCAGCUUCGCCAGGCUUAUGAAGAGCUUAUGAAAGUUGAAAUUCAACAUUUGGAAGCAUCUUCCGACCUGCAGACCCUAAGAAUCAAGCACCAUGACUUUGCCGUGAUGCUUGAGAAAAAAUCCGAGGAGGUGUCGCGAGCCGUGCAGGCCUUGAGGGAAGGCAGACAGAAAGGACAAGCACUUGGGAGAAGUGCCAAACGAAUCAUCGAGGCACACAAAGACGACCCCGAUGCCACCGAAGUGCAUAAUAUGCUCAGCGAGGCAGAGUACAACAUGGACAAGCUCAACGCCGAUAUCGACUCCGAGAAAGCACGCCUGGAAUUGACUCACGGGGGCAGCCCUCACCUGAUCAAAGAGUUUGAGGAGCGAGAGAAACAGAUCAGGAGGCUCCAGGACAAGCUGGCCGAUUUCCAAGCGAAGCUGGCGACCUACCAGGGAGGCAUCGAUGAGGUUCGCUCGCACUGGGAACCCCGGCUGGAUGCCCUCGUUGGCAAGAUCAGUGAUGCCUUCUCGGAUUCCUUCCAACGAAUCGGUUGUGCCGGACAGGUUAGCCUGGACAAGGUGGAGGAUGAGCCUGGGCAGAAUGGUGAGCCUGGCGGCAGCGACUUUGAGAGAUGGUCUAUUCAGAUCCACGUCAAGUUCAGAGAACACGAGAAUUUGUCGCUACUCGACUCGCAUCGCCAGUCUGGAGGUGAACGCGCGGUCAGCACCAUUUUCUACCUGAUGGCACUGCAGUCACUCUCAGCAUCGCCUUUCCGCGUUGUCGACGAGAUCAACCAGGGUAUGGAUCCCCGUAACGAACGGAUGGUCCACGGUCGCCUAGUAGACAUUGCCUGCGCAUCGAGCGAUUCGGACGACACGGACGACGAUGAAAAUCCCAUCGGCGGCGGCGGUGGUGGCCAGUACUUCCUCAUCACGCCGAAGCUGCUGAGCGGACUGGUCUACAAGCCGGGCAUGAGAGUGCUCUGUAUCUACAGCGGCGAACACAUGCCCGAGGACUACGCGAAGCUGGAUUUCCGCCUGGCGAUCCGUACGAUGAAGGAGAUCGCAGGAAGCACAGUAAACACAGGAAACACAGGAAAGGAGAACGCGAAGGGCAAAGGCCGAGCGAUCGACAAGGAACCGUCGGUCGACGUCUACGCCUGA